AUGCCUGGGCGCCCUAUAGUCAGUGCCAUCGGCCACCCCACGGAGAAAAUAUCUGAAUUUAUAGAUUUACAUCUCCGUCCACAUGUAGAAGAUUUGCCAUCAUACCUCAAGGACACUACAGAUUACCUGAAUAAAACACCUUCCUCUGGCCUGCCAGACCAUACUCUUCUCGUUAUAAUGGACGUCACGUCCUUGUACACGAAUAUUCCUCACGAUGAAGGUAUUGAGGCCUGCAGGGAGGUAUGGGACAGUAGAACGAUUCAGCAGCCGUCAACGGAAUCUCUACUCAAGCUCCUUGAACAUGUUCUCAAGCUGAACAAUUUAAUGUUUAAUGUCGAACAUUACAUACAAAUAAGUGGUACAGCUAUGGGCACCAGAAUGGCCCCCUCUUACACCAAUAUAUUUAUGGGAAGAUUGGAACGCAACCUGCUUCUCAGAGCUCCUUUCAAACCUUUGAGCUGGUUGCGGUUCAUUGAUGAUAUUGAGAUGAAAUGGGUCGAAAACCGAGACUGCCUAAAUGACUUCAUCACCUUUGCCAACUCCUUCCACAAUUCGAUUAAAUUCACAGUGGACAUAUCUAGUUCCAAAAAUGUAUUUUUGGAUACUACAUCCACCUUGGAAGAUGGUGAAAUAAAAUUCAGUCUCCAUACCAAACCCACUGAUUCUCACCUCUACCUCAAGCCAUCGAGUUGCCCCCUCCCCAUACUUUUAGAGGAAUUCCUAAAGGAUUAA